GCUUUGAAUAAAUGUAUGUAUAACAAAAGCGUGUUUGCUAUUCGUUUCUCGAUACAACCAAAGCGCCUUCUCUCUAUUAUCUAUCCUCAGUUCCUCCGCCAAGCCAAAUUUCGCGGCGAUUUCUCCAAUACCUCCAAAUUCAUCACUUAAAUCUCUCGCUGUGACUCUCAUUUUAUUGAGUCUAUCUGAAACCUCUCUCUCUCUCUCUCGCUCAUUGUCCGUAGCUCUGUGACAAUGGCGCAAGUGGUGGCGACGCGAUCGAUUCAGAGCUCGUUGCUGUGUCCUAGCACUGGAUCUGUACAGGACAGAGUCGAAAAGCUAAAACCUUCAAGUUUUGCUUCCAAGGUUUUGGCACGCGACGAGAAGAAGAGCUACCGGCUCGUUCACAGAAGGUCUUGCAUUGUCGCGAGGAGAUCCGCACAUGUCGAGCCGGAGGUCGUCCCGGUCUCACCCGAGGAUGUACCAAAUAGAGAGCAACAAUUUCAGCAUCUACAAGUUCAUCAACUUCUCGACUCGUCACCGGUGGGCGUGUGGUCCAAGCCGACGGUUAGACGCAAGACAAAGAUCGUGUGCACGAUCGGUCCUUCUACCAACACGCGUGAAAUGAUAUGGAAGCUGGCCGAAGCUGGAAUGAAUGUUGCUCGGAUGAACAUGUCUCAUGGAGACCACGCGUCUCAUCAGAAAGUUAUAGAUUUGGUUAAGGAAUAUAAUGCUCAAUCCAAAGACAAUGUAAUUGCAAUCAUGCUCGACACCAAGGGUCCUGAAGUUAGGAGUGGGGACCUGCCACAACCAAUCACAUUAAUGAGUGGGCAAGAAUUCACUUUUACAAUUCGGAGAGGGGUUGGCACAGCAGAUUCUGUUAGUGUGAACUAUGAUGAUUUUGUUAAUGACGUAGAAGUGGGUGACAUGCUUCUUGUUGAUGGUGGUAUGAUGUCAUUUUUGGUGAAGUCCAAGACAGAAGAUUCAGUGAAGUGUGAAGUUGUUGAUGGAGGAGAACUUAAAUCUAGGCGUCACUUAAAUGUUCGAGGAAAAAGUGCAACACUGCCUUCCAUCACUGAGAAGGAUUGGGAUGAUAUCAAAUUUGGAGUAGACAACAAAGUUGACUUUUAUGCUGUUUCCUUUGUUAAAGAUGCACAAGUAGUUCAUGAAUUGAAGAAUUAUCUGCAAAGCUGUGGUGCAGAUAUACACGUCAUUGUAAAAAUUGAAAGUGCAGACUCUAUCCCAAAUUUGCAUUCCAUUAUCACAGCAUCUGAUGGGGCAAUGGUUGCAAGAGGAGACCUUGGAGCAGAGCUCCCUAUUGAGGAGGUUCCACUUCUGCAGGAGGAGAUAAUCAGAAUCUGCCGUAGCAUGGGGAAAGCUGUUAUUGUGGCAACAAAUAUGCUGGAAAGCAUGAUUGUACACCCAACUCCAACCAGAGCAGAGGUAUCAGACAUUGCCAUCGCUGUCCGAGAGGGUGCUGAUGCAGUCAUGCUUUCUGGUGAAACUGCUCAUGGAAAGUUCCCCUUGAAAGCUGUUAAAGUCAUGCACACAGUUGCAUUACGGACGGAAGCUACCAUAUCAUGCGGUGAAAUGCCACCUAAUCUUGGUCAAGCCUUCAAGAACCAUAUGAGUGAGAUGUUUGCUUACCAUGCAACCAUGAUGUCUAACACUCUUGGAACCUCAAUUGUUGUCUUCACCAGAACUGGUUUCAUGGGUACCCUACUGAGCCACUAUCGACCUUCAGGCACCAUAUUUGCUUUUACAAAUGAGAAGAGGAUACAACAAAGGCUGGCUUCGUAUCAAGGAGUGUGCCCCAUAUACUUGCAGUUCUCAGAUGAUGCUGAAGAGACCUUUGCGAAUGCCUUAGCUCUACUAAAGAAUCAAGGGAUGGUGAAGGAGGGAGAAGAGGUAGCACUUCUUCAGAGUGGAAGACAACCCAUCUGGCGAUUCCAAUCCACUCACAAUAUUCAGGUCCGGCAAGCGUAAGCGCUAAGUAAGCCGAUGAGCCCACGUCAUUUUGCCACUUGCCCAUGCACUGUGAUCAUUUCAAACUAUCAGAACGCUUAUAUUUAUUCGGGGCUUCCCUCGGGUGGAUUGGCAUAAUUUUUGCUGGCAUUGUUAUAUAUGUGUAUUUCAAGAUUC